GAAUGUCCGACGGGAAUGGUGGAUGAAGAUUCAUUCAAACAUAUUUUUGCACAAUUUUUCCCGCAGGGAGACGCUACUCAUUAUGCACAUUAUGUGUUCAAUACAAUAAAGCAUAAUCAUACGGGAAAAAUAAGUUUUGAAGAUUUUUUAAACAUAUUGUCCAAAGUUUCGAGAGGAAGCAUUCAAGAAAAACUUCAAUGGAUUUUCGGAUUGUACGAUUUGAACGGAGAUGGUCUCAUAACGAAAAGCGAAAUGCUUGACGUGGUUACAUCAAUUUACGAAAUGCUCGGAAGGUACACGGAACCCCAAGUCGAAAAAAAUUCAGCUAAGGAACACGUGGAAAAAUUAUUUCACCAAAUUGAUACGAAUAAAGAUGGCGUCGUAACAAUUGAUGAACUUGUCGAAUGGUGUUCUAGAGACGAACAAAUUCUUCAAUCCCUCGAAACGUUGGAUACCGUAUUGUGA